AUGGCGAGGCUUGUGACAGUUGAGCCGGUUCUCUUCGGAUUUAUGUUCUGCAUUUUUCUUAUCUUUCCUAUCGAAGAACAGCUUAUCUACAAAAAGCUCUGUGACAGCCAAUACAACCAGUCUGUUUGCAACAACAUCAAAACAAAUAAGGCCUAUGCUCACGAAGAAGCAAUAGUACAAAAGGGGACAUCAACAUGGAUGUUGUACCUCAGCAUGGCUACAACAUUUCCGUCCAUGUUCACAGCCAUGAUCCUAGGUCCUUGCUCCGACAAGAUUGGAAGAAAGUUUGCAUUGGUUCUUCCAUUAAUUGGUGGGAUCAUUGACGCAGUUGCUUUAAUUUUAAAUACUCAUUAUUCUGAUUGGCCUGUAUCUGCUCUUCUUGUUGGUGUCAUAAUAUCUGGGUUCUUCGGCAACUAUGCAACGAUCCUCAUGGCUGUCUUUUCCUAUAUAUCGGAUGUUUCAAGCGAAAAGAGCAGGACUUUACGUGUAGCUCUUUUGGAGUCGAUGGUUCUUGUUGGUGGAUGCUUGGGAGAACUGGUUGGCGGGGUAUUGGUCGACAAAGCCGGCUAUUUUAUCACUUUCUCUAUAACUGCCGGUGUUCAAUUAUGCAAUUUAUUGUAUGUUGCAUGUAUCCUACAAGAAUCAUACUACCCUGACGUGAAAUUGACGUUAAAAGAAGCUCUUGUCAGUUGCGAGAAUUCAAUAAAGUCUUUGAAGAUAUUUCUCAAGCCUAGACCUGGCAAUGGACGUAUGAAGUUAUUGCUAGUGAUUAUUGCCCUUUUCUUCUCACUAAUGGGUGAGUAA